AUGGAGGGAGGAAUCCUAGAAGUGCUUCUUGUCAAUGCUGAGGGCCUUAGACACACAAAUUUCAUUGGAAAACCCAGAUAUUAUGUCAUCCUACAAUGUGGUGACCAGACACAUAAGAGUAAAAUUACAACAGCUAAAAAGAAGAAAGCUUUCUGGAAUGAGAAAUUCAAAUUCAAAAUCCCAUUUUCACAGUGGCAAAACCUGUCUCAUCUUAAGUUAAGAAUCAUGGAUAAGGAAACUUUCACUGAGGGUGGUUUUGUUGGUGAAACCAUAGUUCAUCUUGGAGGGAUACUAACUGAAGGAAAUGACAAGGGAUUCAUAGAAGUGGAACCAACCUUAUAUAAUGUUGUUCUUGAGGAUGAUACAUACAAAGGAGAGAUCAAAAUUGGCUUUAAAUUCAUGGCAAAUGUAGAAGUGCAAAGGGAAACAAGAGUAUGUGAUGGGCUGGACAAGCAAAAACCAAAGUCAAUAUGUGGAACACUCUUCAGUUUCUGGAGAAUUAUUUGGUGGAGGUUUUUCUUUCCCAAUAAGAAAUCAUCUUCUAUGGAUAACCAGAAACUGAUUUAG